AUGUUAGACAGAGAUUCGAUUGAUGCUUUAGAAGAAUGGGAUACAGCAUACAACACACUCAUCUGGGAAAUAUCCUCUAGGGAUACCAAUGGGCCAAAAGACGAACUACCACUCAAUCAUGACAUGAACAAGGUGUAUGAUGAAGAAUACACGAUACUGUACAAGGCAGCCCUCGACGGAAACCUGAAAGAAGUUGAGGAACUUAUUUCAAAGGGAGCAAACCUGGAUAAACCGAGCAAGGGUGGCCUUCGGCCUCUUCAUGCAGCAGCUGAAGAAGGUCAUGCUGAUAUUGUGGAUUUCCUCAUCCUUCAUGGAGCGGACCCGAAUGUCGAAAGCAACAUGGGUCAGACACCUAUUCAUACAGCAGCGACCAAAGGCCAUUCAUGCAUCAUAGAAAGUCUAAUUGCAGAAGGGGUUGAUGUAAACAAGGAGGAUAGCGCAGGUCAGACCCCAUUCAAUGUUGCCAUUCAACAUGGCCAUCUAGACGCUGUCAAAUACCUCAUCAUUAAUGGAGCAAUACAAAACAGAUAUGAUGGAAUGACCCCACUCUAUGUAGCAGCUCAAUUAGGACACCAAGAUAUUGUAAGCUUCUUCAUUUCCGAUGGAGCUGAUGUGAAUGAAAAAAAUGAUAGUGGGAUGAUUCCUCUUCACCGUGCUGCUAUCAGUGGUAACAUGAAGAUCAUGGAGUAUCUCAUUCAACAAGGGUCAGACGUGAACAAGACUGAUCCAACGGGAUGGACACCAUUCAAUGCUGCUAUUUACAAAGGGCAUCUAGAAGCUGUCAAAUAUCUCAUAGAUAAAGGAGCCAAGCAGAACAGAUAUGAUGGAAUGACCCCACUCUAUGCUGCAGCUCAAUUCGAAGAUGAUAAUGGGAGGAUUCCUCUUCACGGUGCUGCUAUCAGUGGUAAUAUAAAGAUCGUGGAGUAUCUCACUCAAGAAGGGUCUGAUGUGAACAAGGCUGAUCCAAAGGGUUGGACACCAUUCAAUGCUGCUAUCCAAUGCGGUCAUCUAGAAGUUGUCAAAUAUCUCAUAGAUAAAGGAGCCAAGCGGAAGAGAUAUAAUGGAAAGACGCCACUCUAUGUUGCAGCUCAAUUCGGUCAUCUAGAUAUUAUGAAAUUCUUCAUUUCUAAUGGAGCUUAUGUGAAUGAAGAAAAUGGUAAUGGGAGGAUUCCAUUACAUUCAGCAGCUAUCAGUGGUAACAUGAUGAUCAUGGAGUAUCUCAUUCAACACGGGUCAGAUGUUAACAAAGCUAAUCAAAAGGGUUGGACACCAUUAAAUGCUGCUAUCCAAUACGGUCAUCUAGAAGCUGUCAAAUAUCUCAUCGAUAAAGGAGCCAAGCAGAACAGAUUUUAUGGAGCGACCCCUCUCUAUUUUGCAGCUCAAUUCGGUCAUAUAGAGAUCGUUAAAUUCUUCAUUACUAAUGGCGCUGAUGUGAACGAAGAAGAUGAAAAUGGGAAGAUCAUAUUACAUUCAGCUGCUAUCAAAGGUAACAUGAAUACCAUUAGGUAUCUCAUUCAACAGGGGUCUGAUGUGAACACAGGUGAUUCAAAGGGUUGGACACCAUUCAAUGCUGCUAUUCAAAACGGUCAUCUAGAAGUUGUCAAAUAUCUCAUAGAUAAAGGAGCCAAGCAGAACAGAUAUGAUGGAAUGACCCCACUCUAUGCUGCAGCUCGAUUCGAAGGGUCUGAUGUGAACAAGGCUGAUCAAAAGGGUUGGACACCAUUCAAUGCUGCUAUUCAAUACGGUCAUCUAGAAGCUGUCAAAUAUCUCAUAGAUAAAGGAGCUAUGCAGAACAGGUAUAAUGGAAUGACCCCACUCUAUGCUGCAGCUCAAUUCGGUCAUUUAGAUAUCGUGAAAUUCUUUAUUUCCAAUGGUUCUGAUGUGAACAAGGCUGAUCCAGAGGGAUGGACACCAUUCAAUGCUGCUAUUCAAGAAGGUCAUCUAGAAGCUAUUAAAUUUCUCCUAGAUAAAGGAGCCAAGCAGAACAGAUAUGAUAGAAUGACCCCAUUGUUUGCAGCUUCAUAUUUUGGUCACUUAGAUAUCGUGAAAUUCUUCAUCUCCAAUGGCACUAAUGUGAAUGUAGAAAAUGAUAAUGGAAUGAUUCCUCUUCACGGUGCUGCUAUCAGUGGUAAUAUGAAGAUCAUGGAAUAUCUCAUUCAACAUGGGUCGGAUGUGAACAAGGCUGAUCCAAAGGGAUGGACACCAUUCAAUGCUGCUAUUUACAAAGGGCAUCAAGAAGUUGUCAAAUAUCUCAUAGAUAAAGGAUCCAAGCAGAACAGAUAUGAUGGAAUGACCCCACUGUUUGCAGCUUCAUAUUUUGGUCACUUAGACAUCGUGAAAUUCUUCAUCUCCAAUGGCACUAAUGUGAAUGUAGAAAAUGAUAAUGGAAGGAUUCCUCUUCACGGUGCUGCUAUCAGUGGUAACAUGAAGAUCAUGGAGUAUCUCAUUCAACAAGGGUCAGAUGUGAACAAAUGUGAUCCAAAGGGUUGGACACCAUUCAAUGCUGCUAUUCAAUCCGGUCAUCUAGACCUUGUGAAAUAUCUCAUCCAUAAAGGAGUAAAGCAGAACAGAUAUGACGAAAAGACCAUUCUUUAUGCUGCAGCUGCAUUCGGCCAUUUGGAUAUCGUGAAAUUCUUCAUUUCAAAUGGUGCUGAUGUGAAUGAAGAAGAUGAUACGGGGAUGAUUCCUCUUCAUGGAGCUGCUGAUCGAGGGCAUGUAGAAGUCAUGGAAUAUCUCAUUCAAGAAGGGUCAGAUAUUAACAAAGGUGAUCCAACGGGUUGGACACCAUUCAAUAUUGCCAUUAAAUACGGUCACCUAGAAGCUGUCAAAUAUCUCAUAGAUAAAGGAGCCAUGCAGAACAGAUAUGAUGGAAUGACCGCACUGUAUGCUGCAGCUCAAUUCGGUCAUUUAGAUAUCGUGAAAUUCUUCAUUUCAAAUGGUGCUGAUGCGAAUGAAGAACAUGAUAAUGGGACGAUUCCUCUUCAUGGUGCUGCUGCUAGAGGCCAUGUAGAAGUCAUGGAGUAUCUCAUUCAACAUGGGUCAGAUAUUAACAAAGGGGAUCCAAAAGGUUGGACACCAUUCAAUGCUGCUAUUCAAUCCGGUCAUCUAGAAGCUGUCAAAUAUCUGAUAGAUAAAGGAGCAAAGCAGAACAGAUAUGACGAAAAUACCUCUCUCUAUGCUGCAGCUGCAUUCGGUCAUUUAGAUAUCGUGAAAUUCUUCAUUUCAAAUGGUGCUGAUGUGAAUGAAGAAGAUGAUAAGGGGAUGAUUCCUCUUCAUGGAGCUGCUGAUCGAGGGCAUGUAGAAGUCAUGGAAUAUCUCAUUCAAGAAGGGUCAGAUAUCAACAAAGGUGAUCCAAAGGGUUGGACACCAUUCAAUGCUGCUAUUGAAUCCGGUCAUUUAGAAGCUGUCAAAUAUCUCAUCGAUAAAGGAACGAAGCAGAACAGAUAUGACGAAAAGACCCCUCUCUAUGCUGCAGCUGCAUUCGGUCAUUUAGAUAUCGUGAAAUUCUUCAUUUCAAAUGGUGCUGAUGUGAAUGAAGAAGAUGAUAAGGGGGUGAUUUCUCUUCAUGGAGCUGCUGGUCGAGGGCAUGUAGAAGUCAUGGAGUAUAUCAUUCAACAUUGGUCAUAUAUUAACAAAGGUGUUCCAAAGGGUUGGGCACCAUUUAAUGCUGCUAUUCAAUCCGGUCAUCUACAAACUGUCAAAUAUCUCAUAGAUAAAGGUGUCAAGCAGAACAGAUAUGAUGGAAUGACCCCACUGUAUGCUGCAGCUCAAUUUGGUCAUUUAGAUAUCGUGAAAUUCUUCAUUUCUAAUGGAGCUGAUGUAAAUGAAGAACAUGAUAUGGGGAUGAUUCCUCUUCAUGGUGCAGCCACUGGAGGUCACGUCAAAAUCAUGGAAUAUCUCAUUGAACAAGGAUCUAAUAUCAACAAGGCUGAUCUAGAAGAUGGUACACCAUUCAAUGCUGCUAUCCAAUACGGCCAUCUAGAAGCUGUCAAAUAUCUCAUAGAUAAAGGAGCCAAACAGAACAGUUGUGAUGGAAUGACCCCACUAUAUGCAGCUUCGUAUUUUGGUCAUUUACAUAUCGUUGAAUUCCUCAUUUUCAAUGGCGCUGAUGUGAAAGAAGAAAAUGAUGAUGGGAAGAUUCCUCUCCAUGGGGCUGCUAUCAACGGCAAUAUCAAAGUAAUGGGAUAUCUUUCCCAACAAGGGUCUGAUGUGAACAAGGCUGAUCCAAAGGGAUGGACACCAUUCAAUGCUGCUAUUUACAAAGGGCAUCUAGAAGUUGUCAAAUAUCUCAUAGAUAAAGGAGCCAAGCAGAACAGAUAUGAUAGAAUGACCCCAUUGUUUGCAGCUUCAUAUUUUGGUCACUUAGAUAUCGUGAAAUUCUUCAUCUCCAAUGGCACUAAUGUGAAUGUAGAAAAUGAUAAUGGAAUGAUUCCUCUUCACGGUGCUGCUAUCAGUGGUAAUAUGAAGAUCAUGGAAUAUCUCAUUCAACAUGGGUCGGAUGUGAACAAGGCUGAUCCAAAGGGAUGGACACCAUUCAAUGCUGCUAUUUACAAAGGGCAUCAAGAAGUUGUCAAAUAUCUCAUAGAUAAAGGAUCCAAGCAGAACAGAUAUGAUGGAAUGACCCCACUGUUUGCAGCUUCAUAUUUUGGUCACUUAGACAUCGUGAAAUUCUUCAUCUCCAAUGGCACUAAUGUGAAUGUAGAAAAUGAUAACGGAAGGAUUCCUCUUCACGGUGCUGCUAUCAGUGGUAACAUGAAGAUCAUGGAGUAUCUCAUUCAACAAGGGUCAGAUGUGAACAAAUGUGAUCCAAAGGGUUGGACACCAUUCAAUGCUGCUAUUCAAUCCGGUCAUCUAGACCUUGUGAAAUAUCUCAUCCAUAAAGGAGUAAAGCAGAACAGAUAUGACGAAAAGACCCCUCUUUAUGCUGCAGCUGCAUUCGGCCAUUUGGAUAUCGUGAAAUUCUUCAUUUCAAAUGGUGCUGAUGUGAAUGAAGAAGAUGAUACGGGGAUGAUUCCUCUUCAUGGAGCUGCUGAUCGAGGGCAUGUACAAGUCAUGGAAUAUCUCAUUCAAGAAGGGUCAGAUAUUAACAAAGGUGAUCCAACGGGUGGACACCAUUCAAUAUUGCCAUUAAAUACGGUCACCUAG